AUGGACUUGAAGAAAGAAACAUGGGCUGAUGACUUGACCAACUCCAGUCUGGAUGCCAGCGCAGACAUUGAAAUUCUGUGUCCCGUCAACACACUUUUCCCUGAGAAGUUCCUGCCCUCUGUUUACUUGGUUGUGACCCUGCUGGGACUUCUGGGGAACGGGCUGGGUUUGUGGAACUUAUGCGCAAGCUCUCGGAAGGGCAGCUGGAGCACCCUCAGUGUGCUGAUGUGCAAUCUUGGCGUGGCUGACUUGCUUUAUGUGAUUACUUUGCCCUUCUUGGUAUCCUACUAUCUCCAGGGCCGCGUGUGGCUCUUUGGCAAAGAGUGGUGUCGGCUGACUCGGCUUCUCUUCCACCUCAAUCUUUAUGCCAGCAUUGGCUUCCUGACUUGCAUCAGUGUGCAUCGUUACCUGGGCAUUGUGUACCCCCUGAGGAUGUUGGGUAGAUGCCAGACGCUCAGUCCUGCUUUCAUGCUCAGCAUCUUGGUUUGGGGCUGGGUCAUCCUUCAGCUAUCCCCUGAUUUCAUCUUCAGCAAAAUGGACCAGACGGGCACUCGGUGUCAUGACACAACGGGUCACGAGAACUUGAGUAACUACUUGCCCUAUAUCCUGGUCAUAACGAUGACCGGCUUUGUCAUCCCUUUUCUCAUCAUCAUUGGAUGCUACUGCCAUGUGGUUGUGGUCCUCCGGAGGAACAGAAACAUGGACCCCAACCUGAAGCAGAGGAGCAUCAAACUGGCGAUUCUGGUGAUGGUUCUUUUCUCGGUCUGUUUCCUACCCUACCACAUCUUCAGGAACCUUAACUUGCUGUCUCGCAAAUGGCAACUCCAGGGAUCUUGUACCCAGACGUUAAAAAACAUCUAUGUUUCCUACCAAGUGACUCGAGGCUUGGCCAGCCUGAACAGUUCCCUUAACCCCCUACUGUACCUGAUGGCCAAUGAGGACCUUGUGACGCGACUAAGGACCUUCUGCCGAGGGGUCAUGCACGCCGCGGAGUCUCUUUUGCAAAGCCGAGCCCACAGCCCCUUGGACCCAAAGAAACUAAGCAUUGUGCUCAAUGACGAAUGUGAGGAGGUGUCUGAUGAUCUCUGACUUGAUUAAAAACUUGGCAUACCUGAGCUUUCCUCUUUCACUGUGCCCCUUCUCUCUGAAGACAGACACGAGUCUUUAAGAGAGCUGAAGGUGGUAUAACAGCAGCGUUGUUGAUGGUGGUGGACAUGCUCAUUUGUCACAUCCCUCUGUUGUCUCUUGCCAAACAUGUUUUUGCGAGGCUUUGAAACACAGUGAGGGCUGCGAACAGGAACAAUCGUACCAUGUGCAUAUGCUCUGUGUCAAUAUUGUACCAGUACACUGCUGCAGCAUGCGCAUGUGCUCUGGGUCAAUAUUGCACUGAUAUGCUGCUGAGAUAGGGUUACCAAAAGGUCUGUGAUGUGUGGCUAGGCUCUGUAGCCCUGCUCUUCUUUUCCUCACCUGCCUAUUUUGUUUAUGCUCAUAGCCUUACACCUUCCAUGGAGAUCGUUUCAGGUGGGUAGCCAUGUUGGUAUGCAGUAGAACAGCAAGAUUGGAGUCCAGCAGCCCCUUAAAAGAUAAACAAGAUUUUCAGGGUAUAAGCCUUUUGAGAGUCAAAGCUGUCUAACAAAGAGAGCUUUGGCUCUCAGCCACUUAUACUCUGAACAUCUUGUUGAUCUUUAAGAUGCCACUGCACUGGAAUCUAGCCUUGCACUUGUUUGUUAAUUGUGACACCAAUUCUGUGCAACUGGGUUGCUUAAAUCCCACUGAUAAUUAAAGCAUCCUGACUGUGUACUGAGUUGCAUGCAGCCUAUGUGUACACCUGUGUGCAAUACCCCUUUUCUUUGUGAAAAAUGACAAGAAGCUCAAGCAUGAGGCUUACCCAGGUUCUUCUGUUUCUAUACACCGAAAAUGCUCAUUUGUCUGUAUCGGAGUGGAGGAGACAGCAUGUUAUGGCCAUUCAAAAUGGCAGCCUGUGUUCAGAACUUGUAGCUGUUCCAUAUCUUGCAAGUUGCCACAGAAGGCUGGUUCUGCAAGCCCACCUUUACUGUAACGUGAGUAGAAAUGGAAACACAGAUGUGUAUGGAUCUAUUUCAGGCUUGUUAGCAGCUACUUGUCUGGACUCCUUGACAAGCAUGAAGACUUGUCUCCCAGCAACGAAUAUACAAGAGCACAUGGGUUACAAAAAAUGUCUGGGGGCUAGAAACUUGGCUGGACUUACUUGCAAAGCUCUUGUUCCUAUGAAUCAAAAAAUGUACAGACAAUAUUCUGUGAAGUGAACACAUUGGUUAAUGUGGUUUAAUACAUGCUGGAGGAAAUGCAUAUAUCAGUGUGGUGAUAACUCUAAAAAACAGCUAUAGUAGGUGUUAUUUACUCAUUUCGUGCUUCUAACGUUUUAAAAUGGGAAAUGCUUUUUUCUUGAUGAUGCAGAGAUGUAUAGAGGCUGUGGUUUGGUUUUACGCAAGCUGGUCCUUUCAGGGGUUUGUUGUUGAUUUAUGACA